AGGCGAUAAACGGAUAUACAGCGCAGGCAGGCGUCUUGUGCCCUGAAAAUCGGGCGGUAGUUUUAGGGCGUAUGGACGGAAGAAGCAAAACCGACAAGAUAAAUGCUAUCUUUUGAUCUUGCUCACUACCAAGAAAAUUUGCAACGUAUUGGUGGUAGUGACAAACAACAGACAACAUGCCGGGAGUCAAUUCAAUCAAGCUCUUGACGGGCAACAGUCAUCCAGAAUUGGCACAAAUGGUGGCCGAUCGAUUAGGCAUCCAGCUAACAACAUGCGUUUGCAAAAAGUUUGCCGAUCAAUCGAUUGAUGUUCGGAUCGGGAGUUCAGUUCGUGAUGAAGAUGUUUUCGUUUUACAAACUGGAAAUAGUCCAUUUGUGGAUCCAAAUGAUAGUUUGAUGGAACUUUUAAUCAUCUUGAGCGCUUGCAAAACUGCUUCUGCUCGUCGUAUAACUGCUGUCAUUCCGGCUUUUCCUUAUUCACGUCAUGAUAAAAAGGAUAAAUCUCGUGCUCCAAUCACUGCAAAAUUAGUCGCAAAUAUGAUCACAGUCGCAGGAGCAGAUCACGUUAUCACAAUGGAUUUACAUGCAAGUCAAAUCCAAGGCUUUUUCGAUAUUCCAGUCGACAAUUUGACUAGCGAACCAAGUGUCGCUCGUUGGAUCAGAGCAAGAAUACCGGAUUAUCGUAAUAGCAUCAUCGUCAGCCCUGAUGCUGGUGGUGCAAAACGUGCAACUUCUUUGGCAGAUCUCUUGGGUGUGGAUUUCGCAUUGAUCAAUCGUAAUCGAAAACGUGAACAAAAUCGAAGGAUUCGUGCUGAAAAACGAUUACAGAAAGGCUUAAGUACACAAUCGUCAAGUAGUGAUUUAAUGUCAGGAAUGCAAACUCCAAUGACGGGAAGCUUUAUCGUUGAUCAUGCUGCCGAUCCAACUUCAGCCGAAGUUGAAAGAUUAGCAAAAGGAAUGCAAUCGCAAUCGAUCGGAAGUUCUUCUCGUUCGGCAAGUAAUACAGAGGCUUCGCCUAAUGCACCAAAGGUCAGCACGCCUUUGGCCAAUGGUAUCCAUGUAGGUGAUAGAGGUGAAUGGAUAAGCUUUGAUGAAAACGGACACAAGAUCGUCUCGGGCGGCAUCAAGACAGGAGUCACAGGUGUGAAUGAUGGAUCGAAAGAAAGUGAAGUGGACGAAAGUGAUGAUCCAGAAGAAACAAAGAUGGAAAUCUUGGUAGGAGAUGUAAAGGGAAAGACGGCAAUCUUGGUGGACGAUAUGAUUGACACAGGAAGAACAUUGGCUUUAGCUGCAAAGACGUUGAAAGAUGCUGGUGCUGCUAAAGUGUAUGCUCACGUCAGUCAUGGCUUGUUGAGUGGAAAAGCAACUGAUCUUUUAAGGAUUUUGAGCUUGGAACGUUUAGUCGUCACAAACACAAUUCCAAAUUUGGAAAAAGCACAAUUGAGCGGCGGAAAAUUGGAAAUCAUGGACAUCUCAGCAGUGAUCGCGGAAAGUAUUAGAAGGACGCAUAACGGAGAGAGUAUCUCGCUCUUAUUCCAAGAGGAUGCUGCUUUACUAUUUUGA